AUGGAAUAUCUCAAUAUGUUUAUUCGUGAGACACUUCGUAUGUAUCCUAUUGCACCACUUAUAAUAAAUCGUCCAAGUACUGAAGAAUUUCAUAUAAAAAGAAUUGGUAUUAUUCCAGCUGGUACACGAAUUGCAAUUGAUAUGUAUACUUUACAUUUUGAUCCUGAUUUAUGGGGUCCAGUUGAUCCACAUAUAUUUUAUCCUAAACGAUUUGAAACGAAACGUCAUCCAAUGGUAUGCAUUCCUUCUGGAGCUGGACCGCGAAAUUGCGUUGGUAUGCGUUUUGCAUUAAUAGAAUUAAAAAUGGCACUUGUUCGUCUACUAAAAACAUAUUCAUUGGUUAAUUGUAGUGAUAAAACAAAUAAAUGUUUUGAACAAUUAGAAACAGGUUUUGUAAUUACACCAAAAGAAGUUAUUAUUCGUUUACAACGUAGAGAUGAAUAUCAUGAAUAA